AUAAUGAUUUAAUUUUCUUGUACUUAGUCAGAUUCCAGAAGAGAAAUGUGGUCUUAAGCAUUAGCAUUGAGUACUUUAGCUAUGAAAAGUCUUAGAAUAUUGAUUUGUUUCAGAUUCUUUUAAAAAGGGGUAGCUCAAAAUCCUCAAAAAAAACCAACAUUGCAAGACUAAAAAAUUUCUUGGAGUUUUAUAAUUCCAGAAUUUAGGUCCUCUUGGCUUUGUUUUUUGCUAGUAUUUUUAUAUUCAUUUGUUUAUAAUUAAAAAAAUAUAUUCAUGCCCAAGUUUGUUGUUCUCUUACUUCAUCUUCUGGUUUGAUAAGUGCUUCCUUGCUUUUCCAACAUUACCUAACCUCACAAAUCCGUAUAAAAAUACCCCAAAAUUAUUUGUUAAUUUGAAGAUAUCAACAAGGAAGUGUUUUGUCUUUUGGCUUCUCUUUAUUGUCUUAUAUUGAUGUCAAAGCCUUAAGCUUUCUCUCUCUUCCUGUCUCUCUUGAAAACAACUCUCUAUCUCUCUUUCUGGUAUGUUGAUCUCUGUCUGGGUUUCUACUCAAUUUCAGAUUUUGACUGGGUUUUUGAGCUCUUCUGCUUCUUGAGCCUUUCUCUAUUGUAGCAGGGAUUCCAACAAGUCGAAAAAGUUUCUUUUGUGACACAGAACUGAAGUUUUAUGGUCGAAUUCGUCUUCCUCAAGGUCUGAAAAAGAUAAAAGAAAAACAUAAGAAGAAUGUCUUUAGUUAGGCCUGCAGAGCUUUCUGCUACUUCAUACAGAAACCCCAAGCUUUACUCAUUGAAGGGAAGUACUGAUAGCUCCGGCUUCUCAACCCAAACUUUUGGUUCCGACAAGCGCAAGACCUUGUAUGUAACUGAUUCCUACAGCAAUGAGAGCUAUGAGAAGUACUUUCUUGACUCCCCAAGUGAUGAAAUACAACAGCCCUCUUGUUCUAGUGCUUCUGGAAAUUCUUAUAACCCUCAAGAUGCCUCGUGUUACCAGCUCCGAGCUGGAUUGGUUUCUCAGUUGACCACUCAAAAUCCUUGUGAUGCUUCUUUCAUGUCCAUGAGGGAUUUGGAAUCAGAUUACUUGGAAAGUUCAAGUCCAGAACUAGGUGACUUUGACAAAAGCUCAAUGAGGUUGAAGCUUCAAGAAUUGGAGAGAGCACUCCUUAAUGAUAAUGAUGAUGAAGAUGAUGAAGACAUGUUUGGCUCUGGCCAAAGCAUGGAAGUUGAUGUUGAUUGGGUUGGCCCUGCGCAGAAUGGAUUGCUUAACGAUUCGCCCAAGGAGUCUUCGUCGUCUGAUUCUUAUCCGAGCAGUAUCAGCAGCAGCAACAAAGAAAUAUCACCAAUUUCUCUUCGGUCUCCCAGAAAGUUACUUAUUGAUUGUGCUGCUCUUCUCUCAGAAGGAAACAUAGCAGAAGCUUCAAUAAUGAUCAAUCAGCUUCGGCAGAUGGUGUCAGUUGAAGGAGAACCUUCUCAGAGGAUUGCUGCUUACAUGGUGGAAGGUCUCGCGGCACGGGUGGCUUCCUCAGGAAAAUUUCUUUACAAGGCCUUGAAGUGUAAAGAACCACCCACUUCUGACCGUCUUGCAGCGAUGCAGAUCUUAUUCGAAGUCUGCCCUUGUUUUAAAUUUGGAUUCAUGGCUGCAAAUGGUGCUAUCAUCGAAGCUUUUAAGGAUGAAAAGACAGUUCACAUUGUCGAUUUUGACAUUAACCAAGGGAGUCAGUACAUGGCACUAAUACAAACAAUUGCUUCUAGUAGGAAAGGUAAGAUUCCCCAGUUGAGAUUAACUGGUGUUGAUGACCCUGAGUCAGUUCAGCGUUCGGUUGGUGGCCUUAAAAUCAUUGGCCAAAUGCUUGAGAAGCGAGCAGAAGAUCUCGGUGUGCCAUUUAAGUUUCAAGCAGUGGCGUCGAGGACUUCACUUGUCACGCCUUCAAUGCUGGACCGUCAGCCUGGGGAAGCACUUGUAGUAAACUUUGCAUUUCAGCUUCAUCAUAUGCCUGAUGAAAGUGUCUCAACUAUAAACGAGAGAGACCAGCUCCUUCGGAUGGUGAAGAGCCUGAACCCCAAACUCGUGACAGUAGUAGAACAAGAUGUGAACACUAACACUUCGCCUUUCUUCCCAAGAUUUAUCGAGGCCUACAAUUACUACUCCGCUGUGUUUGAAUCACUAGACGCAACUCUUCCAAGGGAGAGUCCAGACAGGACAAACGUCGAGAGACAGUGCCUGGCACGAGACAUAGUAAACAUCAUUGCCUGCGAAGGAGAGGAGAGGAUAGAGCGGUAUGAGGUUGCAGGGAAAUGGCGAGCAAGGAUGGCAAUGGCGGGAUUCACUUCCUGUCCAAUGAGCUCAAACGUGGUUGAUUCGAUCAGAGAACUUAUCAGGCAGUAUUGUGACAGGUACAAGAUCAAAGAUGAAAUGGGGUCACUUCUUUUUGGAUGGGAAGACAAAAGUUUGAUUGUUGCCUCUUCAUGGAGGUGAUGCUGAUACUGAUAGAGAAUGACAUUUUGGCUCCAUAAAGUUUCUUUUGUUUUUUUCUUUUUUUUUUCAGUUGGGUUUUGUAAUUUUAUAUUUUUGUGUGGGAUUUCUAUAUAUGCAUGCUGUGUCUGUCAUAUAUAUGUAAUCCAAAACAAAAAUAAGUAACUGCUAAUCACCUAACGUUAAUAGAUUUGGCUCAGUACUUGUAUUAGACAACUUACCUUUGCAUAAUCUUUCUUCACUUUGUUA